UGCCUGAGGAGGAAGAGAAGGAACCGCAGGAGCUGCUUAAUCUGAUCAGAAAAUGGACACGCGGUUCACCCGAGGGAAGUCCACCAUCCUGGAGCGACCCCUGACCCGGCCCAAGACGGAGGUGAGCGUGAGCGCCUUCGCCCUGCUGUUCUCGGAGAUGGUGCAGUACUGCCAGAGCCGCGUGUACUCGGUCUCCGAGCUGCAGACGCGCCUGGCAGAGAUGGGCCAGAGCGUGGGCGCCAGCAUGCUGGACGUGCUGGUGCUGCGGGAGAAGAACGGGAAGAGGGAGACUAAAGUGCUCAACAUGCUGCUCUUCAUCAAGGUUAAUGUGUGGAAGUCCUUAUUUGGGAAGGAGGCGGACAAGCUGGAGCAGGCCAACGACGACGACAAGACUUAUUACAUCAUAGAAAAAGAUCCGCUCAUCAACACGUACAUCUCCGUGCCCAAAGAGAACAGCAGCUUGAACUGCGCCGCCUUCACGGCCGGCGUGGUGGAGGCGAUCCUCACACACAGCGGCUUCCCCGCCAAGGUCACCGCCCACUGGCAUAAAGGCACGACGCUGAUGAUCAAGUUCAACGAGUCGGUGAUAGCCCGGGACAAGGCUCUGGACGGGAGAUAAGAGACUAGAGGGAGAGAGCGAUGGCGGGCAUCAGCGUGGGAGGAGAAGUCUUCCCGGUGCAGGCUGGUGUUUGCUGCAGGAGACGGAGACUGGAUCUGUGUGUGUGGAACUGAUGAGACGGGGACGGGAGGGGGGGGGUUCUGUUCAUGGAUGACCGUGCUGUGCUUAGCAUCAUGUAGAGGAAAAAAAUAUUCAGCGAGUUUGUUGUAUGCAUCUGUCUUUUCAUACCUCCUCAAGUGGUUAGAAGUUGUUUUACUUUCUAUUUACAUCAGACACGGCUCAUAAAACAUAAAAUAUAUGUGACCGCCCACACUGUUUUUUUUUCUUCAAAGUUCACCUGAUUUUUUUUACACCAUUUUAUACUGUUUUUGACAACAAAUUAAUAAAAAAAAAACCUUAAAUCUUAAUGAAACUGCAAUAAAACUGGAAGCUAAGCAAAAUAACAGUCCACUAAGGUGUCUUUGACAAAAAAUUGAUUUCAAGUUUUAAUAAUGUUAAUUGAAAAAAAAAAGAAAAAUCUGCCUUCAUGCUCAUAAUUAAUAAGAGAUUAGGUCUCAGAGGUCCAAAACCUUUUUUUUUUUCUGUUACAUUCCAGUUAAACCACAGCUGUCAUUUCUGUAAACUACAUUGAUGUUGUGGGUAAAGAGUUUGGGUCGUGUUCAUGUGUAUGAUUAUUACAUUUCUUCAUCAGGGUCAUGUGAAUGUGGAGCGUUUACUGAAGUUUACAAUCUGCAAAUGAAAAAUAAAUAAAUGGCUUGUGUUUUAGAAGUUAUGACUGUUUUAAUUGGAUCAAAGUAAUUUCUCUCUCCCAGUGAAACCUCAGCAGACUGAGCAGGAGGGAAAUGAAAGUGGGCCGGUCCAUUUCUUUCUCAUUUCCAGUUUAAUUUUGAUACGUAGCUCCUGGUAAUACUAACUCCUCUGUCGUCAAUCCAUCCAUCUAUUAUUUAUACCCACUUCUUUGUAUUCUGUGUCACACGGGUCUUCUGUGGCAUUUCCUGGCUCUCUGAUAGAAGUUAUACACGGUCAGGUGGAUCAAAGUCGUCCCAAGACAAGAACGGAUAUUGUUCAAAAUUUCGGCCUGACAUGUUUUGGAUCCAGAGUAUUGUAUUAAAUGUUGUUUUAGUUUUUGACGUCCUCUGCAUGGUUACAUGAGGCUGUAGUAUAGCCAAAAACCUACAAAGAUGCAUUGAUUUUUUUUAUUUUUCUAAGUGAAAAAACAGCGGAAAAUGGUAAAUACUGUCUAUACAUCGUCCAUCUUUAAGGUAAAAACAGCAGGAACUGCUUCAGUUUUUGUCCCUGACAGCAGUUUUGGAUUAGAUCAGUCCCGUCUAUUCACUGAAAAAGUUUAAGAGCGUCAUUAUAGCUGGUUAUAUAACAUACAGACAUUUCUUUGGACACAAGAAUUCUGUUCUUUGCAAAAGUCCCUAAAUUCUUUAAAUUAGUCCUUAAAUAAGAGUUACCUACAAACAAGCACAUUAUUACCAUGAAAAAUUGCUCCAACUCUACUUCAUGGAAGAAAACAACCUCUUAUACGAUGAUUAUUUAUUGAUUAAUGUAAAAGGAGUGUUGUCAUUGGUUCUCUUUG